AUGCCGGAAAUCGCCUGGUUGUCGUUAGCACUUGUCGGAAAUCGCCUUGAAUACCGGAAGCCCUCGUCUGAAAUUGCCUCAACAGAGCUCUCGCUUCUCACCAAGUGCAAAGUGAUUUCGCCUCCGGGGUCAUUUCUAUUUAUAGGGAGAGGGGUCGCAACGGUAUACCUCGGAAAACCAAACGGCGCAUUAAUGUGCCGCGCACCAUGA